ACUCAUCUAGGAGUUAACUUAUCAUAAAGUUUGGCCCAGUUUGAUGGCAACAGACAAGAGCUUUCAUUUGCCUGUUGCCCUCAAAAGAAACUUUCUACUCUUGUUGCCACUCUGGAUGGUUAAUUUUCAUAGCCAUAAACCUAUCUAUUCUAAAGUACAUCAGUUACCUGGUAUGUUGUCUGUUGUGGAGGUCUGGUUGACUGAUGAUAUAUCAUUCAAGCUGGUAUUUUAAAAAAAAGAAUGUACCACAAGACUGAGGGGUCUGUGUGAGUUACAAGCCAAAGAUUUAACAUGUGGGAGUCGCAUAAUGAAUUUGAUGACAUUACCUUUGUGGAAGAAGAGGAGGUCUCACAAGAAGUCACUAUUCAAGAAGAUCAAGAAGAACCAGAUGCAGUUAAGAAAGUCAACCCUCUCAGUGGGCUGAAACACCAAGAUCCAUUAAGCCUAGAGGCAUUCUUUCUGGAUGAGCUGACCCGAGAAAUUGGAUAUGAAACUGAUGAAGAUGCCAUCAUUGAUGUUUUACCGUCGGAGAAGGAGCCUCCUUUGCCGAACAUUAAGAGGGUCGACUUGUACUUCGAGGAGACCAUCCCCAGGAUGAGUGACGCCGAAUUUCGCGAGAAUUUCCGCGUCAAGCGGUCGACGCUGGCCUGCCUGGUUGAGAUUCUGGGCGAGCGAGACGGCACCUUUCAGAGUCACUGUCCGAUCAACUCGUACAUGUCGCGCGAGCGCCAGCUGCUGCUCGCGCUCUUCUACCUGGGCAGCACCGUCUCCUUCCGGAAGAUCUCGGAGCAGUUUAACAUGACCAUGUCAUCGGCGUUUGACUUCAUCGACGAGGUGGUGGAGCAGCUGGCAAACUUGAAGGAGAUCUUCAUCCGCAUGCCGUCUACGCACCAGAUGCAGGGCACCGUGGACGGCUUCUACGAGGUGUCGGGCGUGCAGGGCGUGCUCGGCGUGGUCAACGACUGCCACAUACCCAUCCGCAAGCCGAUGCACGACCCGGAGACGUUCUCCAACUGGCGUGGCUUCUUUUCUGUCCACCUGAUGACGGUGUCGGACGCCUAUGACCGGCUGACGGACGUGUGCGUCGGCUGGCCGGGCGGCAUGCACGAGGCCGAGGUGCUCGACAGCGGUCCGCUCUCGGCGCAGCUGUCGCGCGACGACAUGCGCGAGAAUUUCGUGCCGGGCGACUGUUUCCUGGUGGGCGCCGAGACGCUGCCGCUGCGGCCGUGGCUGAUGACGCCGUACCGCGCCAACCGGCUGCCGCCCAGCGACGCGCGCAAGUACUACUACAACACUAAGAUGGAGCAGACGGCCGAGGUGGGCCGGCGGGCCGUCGGCGUGAUGCGCGCCCGAUUCCGCCGGCUCAGCUUCGUCGACACCAAGUCGGUGAAGAAGGCCGUGAUGCUGACGUGCGCCUCGUGCGUGCUGCACAACAUGUGCCUGACGCUGGAGGACCGCUGGGGCGAGGAGCUGGUCGAGGAGGAUGAGGUGGAAGGCGUGAAGCGCGCCGAGGGGCCGCCGGGACCGGGAGGUAACCUGGCGCCGGCCGGCGCGCACCGCCGCAGGAACCGGUUGGUGGAGGAGCUCUGGAGCCAGCGGUCCCGGCGGACGUGAGGUCCACGCGACAGUCCAGUGACCAGUCCCAGACUUCUGACUGCACGCCUGCACGGCAAGGGGACGCGGUGGAGAACGUCUAUCAGAAGACCUUCGUCAAGACUGAGAACGUUGGGGCGAAAGACUGGCUCAUCAUAUACAGGUUCAUCAUUCACGAAACACAUCUCAUUUAGCUGGUAGAUGGUAUCAUCAGAGGCCGACGGUUAGUUUCACAUGCAGUGUCCGGCGCUAUUUGUGUUGAUGUGUUUAAUGCCUUUCGUUUAGUUUGUAGUGUGCUUAUCUCGCUUUCAUUUGAUAUCAAGUUUCUUUUUAUUUUAGCUUGAACUUACUGUUCGAAAUUUAUCCCUCUAGUGCGAUGUCAUCCUUCAUGUAAGUAAAUUUUGCACCAGCAUCGAAGUGCAUACUGCAUAGUAAUGGGGCGGUCUGUGAGAAAUGUGAACUGUUGUGAAUGUCACAUUUUCGAAUGAAUGUACAUACUUGAAGCGUGACCGCCUCGCGUUGCUACUGUCUCCGACUGCGUGCAUGGAACUGAUGCAAACGCAAUGUGAAUAAAAAUGCGUACUGCA